AUGGAGAGAGCUGUGAAGGAUGGGAUCCUCUAUGUGCAGCACUCCAAGUUUGGAAAGAGGUCCUGGAGGAAGAUGAGAGCCCAGCUUUUUGCUGCCAGCCCCUCUGGCGUAGCCCGCAUGGAGAAGUUUGACGUGCGGGAUGAUGGCGCGGUGCUGGAGAACACCUCCCUGCGGCGCUGCCCCCGCCGGGUGAUCCGCCUCUCAGACUGCGUCUCCGUGGGCCCGGCCAGCACAGAGAGCUGCCCCAAAGCCACCACUGCCUUCUAUCUCACCACCACGGAGAAGAGCUAUGUGCUGGCAGCUGAGCAGGGGGACGAGUGGAUCACCCAGCUCUGCCAGCUGGCUUUCCAGGGUGCAAAGGAGAUGGCACAGAGCAAUGCCAGGACCCAGCCCAGCCUUGCUGUCCCUAUGGAAGAGAACUCCCUCUACUCCUCCUGGCAGGACUUGACUGAAUUCUUGGUGCUGGUGGUCAGGACAGAUGCAGCCACCCGCUGCAGCCUGCACGGGCACUACCUGCUCUCGGUCCUGCCCCAGAGCCUAACGCUGAAGGACCCGCAGACCCGCUCCUCCCUGCUCACCUGGCCCUACCUCUUCCUCCGCAAGUUUGGCCAGGAUCAGCUGGUCCUCCUCCUUGUCUGCUUUCCCGUUGUUCCCAUGAACCCUAAUGCCAGGAUCACACCUUCUUCACUUGCAGAGAUGGGUGAUAUGGAGUCCUACAAGGUGAUGCUGAACGGGCCAGCGCCCUGGGGCUUCAGGCUGCAGGGAGGGAAGGAUUUCAGCAUGCCACUCUCCAUCUCCAGGGUAAGAGAAGCCAAGACCUGUGACACCCAUCUUUCCCCUGCCUCUGUGGGUGGGAGCCAUGAAGGAUGCAUCCAGGUGGCUGAGGCAGAGCUGUAUGGGGGAUGUGGAUGA